CGCGGUGACGUCACCACCCAGCUCCGGGAAGGGUUGAGCGGCUCGCGGCUGCUGCUUCUAGACCAGCUAACGGGACAAAAACAAACCGUAGCAGCGCUAAAGCGGGGGAAGAAGGCGACUUGGGUCAGUCUGCAUGUGUGCAGAUAAGGUAUUGCACGUUUUGCAUUGACUCGAGCCUUUUAUGCAACCCGCCCUUGCUCACAAGAAACGACGAUGUCCGAAGCUGCUAACGCUACUUCUACAGACAACAACGGAGACUCGGGGCUAAACGGGUCCUGGGUGGAGUUGGAGAUGAACAGAGGCACGGCUGGUUCGACCCAGUCAUCUUCCACAGCGGAGCCGGCCCCGGGCCUGCUACCCCUCCCUCAGGUGGAAGAAGAAGAGGCCAUGGUGGGAGGGCUGGAGCACGUCCCGUCCUCGUCCUCGAUCCACAAUGGAGACAUGGAGAAGAUCCUGUUGGACGCCCAGCACGAGUCGAGCCGCAGCAACUCCUCCUGCGACAGUCCCCCAAGGCCCCACAGUCCCCAGGAUGAUGGACAGAUCAUCUUUGACGUGGACGUGACCAGCAGAAGAGACAGCCAAUCAGAAGAGGACAUCAUGGACAAGGAGAGGGAGAGGGACAUGGACAUCUUGAUGAAGGACUCAGACUGGGUUGCUGACUGGUCCAGUCGACCGGAAAACAUUCCCCCCAAGGAGUUUCAUUUCCGUCACCCUCGCCGUUCAGUAACGCUCAGCAUGAGGAAGACCGGGGCCAUGAAGAAAGGAGGCAUCUUCUCCGCUGAGUUCCUUAAAGUCUUCAUCCCAUCGCUGCUACUAUCACACAUCCUCGCUCUGGGGCUGGGAGUGUACAUCGGAAAGAGGUUGACCACGCCACCAGCCAGCUCUUUCUGAGCCCAAAUCUGAAGAAAAGUGCCUGAGAAGUGGCCAUGAGAUGUUGGAGAAAGUUUUGCUGUUGUGAGAAGAACGCCCGUCUCUCCCUCCCUCUGUCCCGCCUGCUCCCGCUAUUCCCCCUCCUCAUCCCUGAGAUAUGACAUGUUCUCAGUAGGAGUAAUGCAUCUGCCUCUUCCACCUCCUUUUCUCUCCUCCCCCCCCCCCCCCCCCUCCUCUUUAUUUCUUUUUUUUUUUUCUUGAUCUGCUUCCUCUCUGACUGUCUGUCUGUAGAUAUCCCUCUUUCUCCCUUCUUAUACCCCAUCACUCAUUUGUAGAAGCUUUUUAAAGAAUGAAUAAGGUCAUAUUUCCUCCCCCCCUCUCUUUUUGGUUUAAAUGUUUAUAACGGGUGGGUUUUCAGGAAGGGUCGCAGCAUUAAACCAAACUCUUCUACUACACGUGAUGUCCCAGUGCCCUUUGAUCAUCCUAUAACAAAUAGAGGACUGUCCAGUAUUUAGAACUGACCAGAGAUUGUGCCACCAACGCGAGUAGCCCCAACUCGAUCUAGAAGGGUUCGACCAAAUUUCCGAGUGGGCUACACAAACUGAAAAUGUGAUCAUGCCUUCUUUUUUUUGAAAGUAGCCAUUUUGCUAAUUAUCUUUAGAUAAGAUAGUCUUUUUUAAUUUAUUUUACAACAGUGAUGGUUUAUUGAGAAGUUGUAUUAAAGAAAGGAUUUUACCACAGUGGCCAUCCCAAACCACAAGCGCUCAUGAAUUUGCACCGGGGGGGAUGUAGCGUCCAGCUGUCUGUCAGUUGAGAGAUAGAGUGAGAGAGAGAAAGAAAGAGAGAGAAUUACAUGAUUUUACCUUUCUUUUUCUUUUUUUUCCUGUGACAGAAAGUAGAAACAAUACGAUGAAAGAUGAAGUGACAUUUGCAAAGUGACAAUAACUGGAAAGCAGGGUGUAGGGGUGUGUGUGUGUGUCUGUGUGUCUGUGUGUAUGUGUGUGUGUGUGGUGCAGGCAGGCAGAACGUCCCUCUCAGUGUGUACACUAACAGUAUUGUGUGGUUGUGGGGUCCAGAAACCUGUCUGCGUCCAUGUGGUCCUUCCACUGUCUCCCGGCUCGUCUGUGACAUAUCGUAGUGAUCCUAACUGGUCACUUCCUGCUUACGUUUUCUCCAGAUUGGGCUGGAUAUUACAUGGUACAACGCUGAUUGUUACAUAUAUGUGGAUCUGAAGGAAUCAGAAGUUAGUUGGAACCAAAACCUUGAGAUUUUAUAAUGGAGAAUUUCAGUUUUGGGACAUUUGUUUUGAGGAUGUUUUGAGUGAUUUUAUUUUAGAAGUAAUCAACUUUUAAUAAAUUACUUUGAUACAAGGAGUUUUGCUCUCAAGAUAUCGCUUCAUUAGGGUCGUUUUUAGUUAUUAGCAAACAAGAAAAUGUCCAGUAGUAGCCAGCCCUACAUCAUAACACUCCCAACACAUUUGCCAAAAUGCACAAAGCAAGCAGAAAUGCUUCAUCAGGCUGCAGAUCAGUAGGCCUGAGUUUGGACAGGCAGGAGAUACUUGAUCCUCAGUUUUACAGUCGUCUGCCUCCUCUGAGUGAUGCCGCUGAGCUGCAGCAGCUUCUAAUCGGCUGAAGGGAGGGUCCGCUUUCGCUGAACGAGGCUCUACUUAACGUGUAAACACAGGUACUUGGCUAGCGUGGGUCGGUUGUAUUUACCAAUUUAGAAUUUCAGAUCUCAAAGCACAGUAGAAAGUAUCUGAAGUUCUGAGUUUAGUGCACCUUUUCUGGUAUCCACAGAAACCUGAUGCUUUCUCAAGUGGCCAGAGGAUGCUGGAAAGUACAAUUUACCUGUUCAUGAAAUCAUUUGUAGCGAAUACGAUUCUUCUUAUAAUCUAACAGUGACCGGGUUAGACUGUCGGCUUUCAUCGUCUUCAUUUCAGCCACAGAGAUGCUGCACUGUUAUUUUGUGCGAUGUCCAUGUCUCUGCCUGUACACGCAGCUUUGUAAAGCAUUAAGUCGGAUUGUUCUUUCCCGUCUUGGUUUGUUGUUGUUUUGUUGAGUUUUUUGUUUUUCCUGACGUCGGAGAAAGAUUGUGAACGCGCAGAGCAGGAGUCUGAUAAGUUUGACACAGAUCAUGUUCUCACAACUGAAUUAAAGGUGUGAAAAAUCAAACCCCCUAUUGGUUGAUGGCAGGGCCUGAUGUGAAUAGGAAGUGGGAGGUGUUUGAAAGAGAUUUCCCUCAGACUGCGAUGGUCUAACAGUAGUUAUUGUAAUGAUGCAUUUGCUUUAAUUUUCUUUUUUCCCACUACAUUGGAAAAAAUGAUGAACAUUUUGUCAUUAAAGAUUACCUGAAUGAAGCUA